AUGACUACUCGACCAUCUCGUCUCCUACUGAUUGGAGAUUAUUUUUCUUACACAGAAACAGCGCCAUUGAGAUUGUUAAACAAAACAAAACCUGCUUCAUCAUUAGUGCAAGGUAUUUUACAGAUUUAUUACAAUGCUUCAUGGGGUACAAUAUGCGAUGGCGGAUGGUCCUUGACUGCUACAAACAUAGCUUGUAAACAGCUUGGCUACCAUAGUGCAGCGACAUUYAARUACUUGGGAMAGGGACCUGAUCCAAUUUGGCUGGAUGGAUUGAAAUGCAAUGGCAAUGAAUCGUUACUAGAUCAGUGCCAUCACCGAGGAUGGGGUAUCCAUAACUGCACACACAGACAGGACGUUGGCAUCAUGUGUAAUACAAGUAAGGAACUCUUAAUUCUCAUACUAGAUGUUGAGUAUUUUAAUGAAACUUCUAACAGAAAGGGUCAUUCAGAAUCGACGAAAGUGCACUUCAAAGG